ACCGCUCAAUAGCCUUAUUCACCUCCUCUGUCGGACCCUGAACCCUUGUGGCAUUCAUGUGUGAAAGGGAUUUUGUUUAAAGAGGCAAGCCAAGCCUUUGCUUUGCUUUGAAAUCUCCUGAAUUGCUGGCACCACACAUCCACUAGCUUUCUCCCUGCCUUUUGAAGAGAACACAUUAGUGUGAGAUUUCUUCCAAGCUCUUAAAGUUGCAGCUGGGAUAGCUCUUUGCACCCGGUGAAUCUGCUGUACAAGAAACCCACUUUCUUUGUGCCUGGUUUGUCCAAGUAUGGAUUCUAAAAUAUUGACAGCUUUGAGCUGCUGCCUUCUCCUUUUCAUCUUGGCUGAAUGCCAAAAAGAAAAACUCUCCAAAGCUACAGAGAAGAAGGUCACGAAGGAGCUAAAAGCCCAUGAGCCUAAGUUUUCCACAGUGGUAAGUAAAAAGCUAAAGCAAGGAGCACCCAAGCUACCCAAGAAAAACAGUCUCAAACCCACUACAGCUCCCAGACAAGGACAGCAGUCUCCAUCCAUCCUGACUCAGGCUGUGGCAAAGGGGCAGUUCCAAAAGGUUCCGAGCACCCUGGUGCUAACAGCAGGGAAAACUCUGGACCUGCGCUGUAAAGGAAAAGCUGUCAGAUGGAGAUACCCAGCCUACCUGGAAGAUGAUGAGGUUGAGAGACGUCUCCGAAUUAAGCACUUUGAAAAGCACAGCCAGCUGAUAGUUAUCAACACCACAGCAGCAGACACGGGCGAGUAUAGCUGCUGGUCAUUCCAGUGUCGUGACAGUGAAUGUCGUGAUGGAGAGGACAGAUUGGGCAAAACAUUUGUCUUCUUCACAGACCCUCAGGAGCUAUUUGUGCCCACCGAAGAUUACUAUGAGGUGAUCCAGCUGCGUACAAACCACCCUACCCUUCUGCCAUGCCAGGUGACAAAUCCACUUGCCAAAGUGACAUUGCACCGGGAAUUCCCACCUGAGAAAGUGAUAGUGGAUGGGAUAGACAUCUCCUAUGAUGUAAAGAGAGGGUUCAUGAUCCAUCGCCCACGGCCCUCACAUGCUGGCUCCCUCUUCUGCAUGGCAAAUGUGCAUGGAGUAAGGCAGAUAUCCACCAAAUAUAUGCUGAUUUAUGUGAACUAUCCUUCUUCGGUGCCCAAACCAGCUAUCAGAGCUUCAGUUUCCUCCAUCCGAGUUGGAGACAAUUUCAAUGUCACUUGCACAGUGUUUGGGGAACCAGAAAUUGCUGUAGAUUUCACUUGGGAAUAUCCAGGACAGCAAAUUGGUAGACCACCCUAUGUCCGUGAGCACACAGACUUGGUGAGACGUGGUGGGCAGGUGCGGCAGGAAUCAGAGAGCAUCCUUUAUGUUGAUGAAGUGCGCCCUGUAGAUGAUGGGCUGUACAGCUGCAUGGCAGAAAAUCUGCAGGGCACUGCUACAGUGUCUACCCGUGUACAUGUGCUCCCAGUCACACUGUCCCCAAAGAAGGCAAAAUCCGGGUAACUACUCCUGGGUUUUACUGUGGAAAGUGUCGGGUGCUAUUGGAAAUCCAAAGACUGAAGGCUGCUGUCAAAAACAGAAAGAUGAAAAUAGUUGUUUUCUCUCAUUUCCCCUUUGACCUCCUUAUGUAACUUGUUUUACUCAUUAAAAUAUCAAGUUUUUUCC